AUGAAGAAUAAAGCCAGCCUUUGCUGUGGUGUUUUUUUAGCUCAUUGGACAAUAGCGGUUGGAGUAGGAGGAGCCAGUGUGAACACUACGGCUGCCUCUGCUCUUUCUCUGCUUGUCGCUCCCCUGCAGGCUGCGUGGCUACUAGGAGGCAACAAACCGAGUUUCAACUUUUUGUUUUACGCUUUCAUUCACGCGUUUAGACUCAACGCUCGCGACGUGGACAAAUGGCUCAACCUUUUCACAAAACUCUGCAACGCGAUACACGUUUUAAAGCGGGGGGUGUGCAACUCUAACUCGAGCCUCUACUUCAAACGAAUCAACGGAACAAGUUGUAACCGAGAUAAAGGAAUCCGGAUCUGCUCUGCUCAUAUGAAGGUAAGCCUAAUAAUCCUGCGAAAUGAGGUCCUACUUUGAAAGAGGCAUUUCUCUGACUCUGUCAAACUUCCGGGGAGUAAAGAGUUAAGUUACAGACUUCAACAUUGAGUCUUUUUGAUGUUUGCUGUUUGGGGCAGGCUGGCUGUUUGUGGCUGCUGCUGCUAACUUGAGAGGAAAGUUGAGCGCAUGCUGAAGUGCUGGCCGUAGUUUCACGUUUACUGCGCAAAACGAAUUCGAUUUCACGCUGCGUCCCUCCACGGAAGUCACCGUCCUCUUUUCAGUGGGUUUUGAAAGGCUGGCUUUAAUUGGACUAUUUUAAGACAAAAGACACUUUAAACAGAGGCAUUUGUUUUUGGUUGCUCUCUCUGCCGUGAUAUAGAUAUACAGAUGGCUAGAUUUUCAGAAAACGCUUGCCUGUCUAAUAAUAGCAUGUUGUUACUGACUAUAUUAAUAAGGAAUCAUUCUAACUUCCCUGCAGCAUGUAUGAUAGUUCCUCAGAUUCAAAAUUCAUGCCAUAGCUUCAGGCUUUUUCCACAUGUGUAUUAGAUAUGCUCAAAAGAAAAGUAAGGUUUUCAUCUAUUGCACAGUGGUUACAUAAUUCUCCUCAAGGAGCUGGUCUGAGGUGUCACAUCUUAUGUGGGCUUUAAAGCUCUGCCUUUGGCACCAGUGAUGUACUUGAACCAGCUGAGGAGGAGGAGGAGAAGAACAGGCUGACAGAAACUUCAUGGCUCCUGCCGUGGCUGUGACUCAAAGCCCUGCAAUGUUUAUAGGGGUGGAAAGAGGUGCUGUAGGACAACACACCCAGGUGCUGUUUCUUUCAUCAAUCACAGGAGGAGGCAUUAAAAGCCUGUUAGAGGAGCUUAUUUGUGGAUUUAUAGAUGACAGUGCUGUGUGUUUUCUAGAGUAAAUCUCUGUCACACAGUGUUCACGACUUGUUUUAGUGGGAACGCUGCUUAUCUGAUCUCCUUUAAUCUGUAGAGUCCAAAGUUCAUUUCCGUUGCAACUCUGUGUACUGAUAAGAGUGUUUUAUGUUUGAACUGCCCAUUCAUCACCUGUUGGCAUGGCGAGUGUUGUUUAAUCAUAAACGGGGGACAGUUUAUGGCGGCGCUCACAUCAAAAGAAAGUUGGCUUGACCUGCGCAAAUUAUCUCAAAUUAUCUUUAUCCAGCUGUCAUAAACGGUGUUGUGAGUACAGCUGCGUCUAAUGAUUGAAGACCCUCUGAGGUGACGAACCAGAGCAUGUAGUUGACGCGUAUUUCCAUAAUAAAACACUGUAGUCGUCGAUCUUUCCUUUCCUGAAUUUACUUGGAAGUUUACUUUGCAUAACAAAACCAAAUAAUAAUGACGAAAUCGAGACCUGAUGUAAACACGGUCAAAAACUCAAAAACUGCAGCUGCACUAGUUACCCAAGAAAAACCCGCAGGUCUCACAUUACAUGUCUCCUCCAAUAGGAGAGCUGCAGUUGUAAUCGGCUUCAAUUAAACUAGUAAAACUAAACAACUGUUCAGUCUCUCAGAAUUCUAAUCAGGAUAAAUAACAAAAAUUAUAAAUUAUCUGUCAAAUUAUCAGUAGUGCACAAAUGGCUCUAACAAAGUGUAAUCACACCCAUGUGCUCUUAUUUCUUUAUUCUCUAUUUCCUCCUCCAGGUGUAA